AUAAAGGCACACAUUGUAAAAAUCUCCCAUUUUGCGUCAGAUUUCGCAGCACGCUCCCUGCAGCUCAGCAAACCUGCGCAACUCUAUUUCGGACAAUGGCUUUUAAUCAGCAGACACCUUUUUAUAACCCAAGAAUCCCCUUCUCUGGAUCGAUCCAUGGGGGUCUGCAGGAGGGGACGUCCAUCAGCAUCAGUGGACGAGUCCUGCCUGGAGCCGAUAGGUUCCAUGUGAAUCUACAGUGUGGUUCCAGGACCAAUGCGAACAUUGCACUCCACAUUAACCCCCGGUAUGACAGCCACCCUGGUUAUGUGGUCAUCAACACCUCACAGAAUGACAGCUGGGGCAUUGAAGAGAGGAAGCUUAACUCACCGUUUCCUGCUGGCUCUACCUUCAGCCUCAGCAUCACUGUCUCCCGUGAUUCCUACCAGCUGAACAUCAAUGGCUGCCACUUCAUGGAGUACAGACACCGUAUCCCAUUUCACCAGGUGGACACCAUCGCAGUAGCUGGGAAAGUCGAAAUUUCCUCCAUUGCCUUCCAGAACUCUAUGUUUCCUGGACAGCCGGCAUUUCCCGCUCAGCCUGUGUUUGCUUCACACGUUGCCUUUCCCACCAAUGCUGCCUUCCCUUCUUUUCCGGUGGUUCCACCGCAGCAUGGAUUCCCCUCACACCCUGGAUUCCCGUCCCAGCCUGGAUUCCCGUCCCAGCCUGGAUACCCGUCCCAGCCUGGAUACCCGUCCCAGCCUGGAUUCCCCUCGCAGCCUGGAUUUCCUCCUGCAAUGCCUGCUGUUCCAUAUAGGAGCCCCAUCAGUGGUGGACUUAAACCUGGCAGGACCAUCACCAUCCAGGGGAAUGUUCUCCCCAAUGCCACAAGAUUCACUGUGAAUCUGAGCCAUCGCUCUGGCACCGCUCUGCAUUACAAUCCACGUUUCAAUGAGAACACUGUGGUUCGAAACACCAAACAGGGGGAGCAGUGGGGCGCUGAGGAGCGUGGCGGAGUGAUGCCCUUCCACCGGGGAAAGCCUUUCACGCUGACUAUCUGUUGUGAGAAGCACUCCUUCAGGAUUGUGGCCAAUGGGAUGCAGGCGCACAACUAUGUGCAUCGUUUCACUCCCCUCCAACACAUCAGCACCCUGGAUAUCGAAGGAGACAUCAGCCUGACCUCUGUGAUGGUGUAGACAUCCAGGACCUGUGGCUGGUCUUGAUAAUCUUAUACACAACAUGCUUUAUCUGACAAAAAACAUUGCAUUUAUUAAUGAAUCCAUGCUAAUUCUGUAUACCAUAUAUUUUUCUCCUGUUUAUCCAUACUUCAAAUAGUCAUUCUAAUUUCUAUAUUAUUAUAUGCUAUACUCCUGAAACAUUAAAGGGGAAAUUCACCAACAAUUAUCAGGUUGAGUUAAAAAAAUGAAGCUCAUUGUGGUUGAAUUCGGUAGUCUGGGGUUUGUCCAUAUGCAUUCUGUGUAAUGUAGGCAGAUAGUCUCUGAGGUGAUGGAGACAGGGCAAGUUGAGAAAUAAAAAUAGCCGCAGCAAAACUGACAACGCACACUUGAUGCAGCUGACAACAGGAACAUGUACAACAGUGGAUUAGUCAGCAGCUUGAUUUUUCAAAAGUAAAAGUCUCUAAAAAAGGAAUAGUGAUGGAAAUAACAUUGCCUCUUGAUAGUGUAAUCAUUCAUGUUUUUUAAACAUUGGAAUUAAAGUAUAGUGUGACAACAUG